GUAGGCCUAUACGGGCGGAAAAGCCAAAUAUCAUUGCUGUCAGUCCACAUGGCGCUGAAAACAAUCAUUAUUGUGCUUCUUUUCAGUUGUUUCCCCUCUUCGACCGAAAACCAUACCCUGCUUCAGUGCUGCAUAGCCCUAUCGGGAAUCAAAGGCUUCCCAGAUUAUAUGGAGUUUGAAAUGUUUGAUGGUCAAUUCUGUAGCUGUUAUAACAGUAUCACACACACGAAAAUCCCCAAGAAUCAAUGUAUGAAGGACCACCUGGAUCCAAAAUUCUGGGAUACUAUCACUGAGGAGUCAAUGAAAAAGGAGCAUGAUGUCACCGGUGACUUUGAAUACACAAAACAUUUCCAUAAUGUGACUGGAGUGCAUGUAUUCCAGAGGAUGUAUUUAUGCCAGUGGGAUGAUGAGAGUAAUUACACAUCUGAUAGUGUGAGAUCUUGGUAUGAUGGAGAGAAAUGGAGUGAGGCUCAUGCGCCAAAUGUAUUUUCUGGCAAAGAUGAGUGGGGAAUAAAGGCAAAGUAUCUGUUUCCUCAGAAGUGCUAUGAGCAGCUACAAAAAUAUGUUACACAAGGGAAGGAAUGCCUGAACAGGAAAGUCCCCCCAGAUGUCUCUCUGUUCUUGAGCUACUCUUCCAGCUCUUCAGUGGUGUGCCACGCUACAGGUUUCUACCCUGAGGUAGUGAACAUCACUUGGAAGAGAGAUGGACAGGUGAUGAUGGAGGAUGUGGAUGUGGGGAGGUGGGGAACACUGCCCAAUGGGGAUGGGACCUUCCAGAACAGAGCCGUGAUCACUGCAUCACCUGAGGAGAGGAAGAACAGCGAGUUCACCUGUGAAGUGGCACACGUCAGCGGACUCAUCAUCAAGACCCUGCCAAAGGAAAAUGGUUCUUGGUCUGGUAUUGUUGUGAUUGUGAUUGGAAUUGUGAUUGUGAUUGGAAUUGUGAUUGUUGUGAUUGGGCCAUUCUUGUGGAAAAGAAUGAGGACCCGAAAUGUGACUGGACUUACGCCACAGAGGAGGCCAGACCAAGACGCUGCCUCUGGAUGCUGCGUCAGGUUCUCAGAUCUGAAUGAUGGAUGUGUUGGACCUCUACUGGCACAGUCUGACAAUGUUCCAUUCUACGCCUGUAUUUCAUCCGCAAAUUCCCGGUCUGAAAACUACUUUUCACACCAGCCUGUCUGACAUUUUUACACGGCAUUUCCUGUUUUUCAAUUUUAACACAAUUCUGUGUGAACUGAAGUAUACGGUUCUUAUAUUUGGCAACAUCUGUCAUUGAGCUCGUUCUGUCAGGAUAUUGCCUGUAUCUUGGAUAGUGCUUUCUCAAUGUGGCUUCCAAACAGAGCCUGUGUACAAUAGCAAUAGAUGAAAUGGACUUUGUAUGACUGAAGAUGGCAUAUAUGGCACCAGCAAAAGGACAUGCCUGAGGGAUCCAUUUGGACUGGCAUUCGAUUGUGACUGUAAUGGGGAGGUUUCUUUUUAAUACAUUUAAUACAUGUGUUAGUUCGGUAGCCAAAGACCAGAAUUCUGGUGAACCUGGUUUUGUCGGUUAAAGUUGUUUCUUUGCUGUUUCUUGUUGCUUAAGGGUUACUCCAUAAGAAUUGGGAGGGUGCCCGGUGAUAUCCAUUGGGCAAUUCCUGAUAUUCAGUUCUAAAGUGGACCAAAAUUUGUCCAUAAGGCCCUGUGUCCACCAGUCGUGUUUUUUGCGCUGACAGUGCCCUUAACCGCCUUUUCUCAGUGCUUUGGUCGGCGCUCUCUACACUUGUUGUGAGGUAACAAGGAUUCCCCUCUUCAAUUUUGAUUGUUCAUUGAGAGAAAAGUCUCAUUGACGAGCCAAGCACUGUUCUGAAAGUUGAACAGACCUUCAGCGCUCUGAGUGCUGCGGAAAAAAGGCCACCGAGGGCACUGAGCACUGUGAACACAUAGAAUUUGUGUUGAAAAUAGCCGCUGUCAGCACAAAAAACGUGAUUAGCGGAUACAGGGACUAAAAAUGCCAAUUUCAUUUAUCCUUUUUGGAAGGACCGCAUGAACUGUAAAUUAUGGCCUAUGGCCAACAAGUGUUAGAUCCAACCAUACCAUCUACCAUCUCCUCUGGACCUGUCUGAAGUUGUUUGUAUUGAUAUGGGAAAAUCACAUUGGUUUUUAAACCAGAUCUACUUAUGAUUAAUUAUGUACAUAAGUAACACCAGCCAGUCAGAAAAUGGUAUUUGAGUAUCUUGGGUACUUGAGUAUCUUUUUCUUAUGCUGACAUCAUUGUUAAGACCACUUUAUCACUAUCUUUGGCUAGCGUGCAAUAGCCAGAAAAUUUGGGUUCAACUCCUGGCUUCGACAUUUGUGCCCUUGCUCAAGGCAUCUAACCCUGAGUUGCUCUGAGGACAAUGGCCCUAUAACAUAAUUGACCUGUGUAAAUCUCUUUGGAUGAAAGUGUCCUCUAAAAUUAAGAAAAUGUAAAUGUUAUCUAAAGCACAUCAUCCUUCAACUGGCUGUUUUAUUUUGUGUAGCUGGGUAAGUCUAAUGUGAUUUUUCCCAGUUUUAUUUGAUCUGAUUCAAGAAACGUAUUUUAUGCCACUGAGCUUAAAAGUUGUGUAUAUCUUUUCUCUUUUAUCACCCAUUUCGACUAACUUGGGAAAAAAAAUACAAUGUCAGACUUCAACACUGUUAUCAUUUUUUCUUGGAAAUAACAGCUUCAAACUCAUUUUUGUACUUUUGCCACAGUAAGGAGAAUGGUGUCUUGGACAGUGGCGAUGUGCUCCCAGAACGUCUGGUAUUGCACUGUGUAGCUCAGUUUUUUUGCUACAAUGUAGCACAGUAUUGUAACAAAAACUAAAAAUAGGUUUGCAUAUCAUGCUGUCUUUCCAACAGGGCAGUAAUAUUGGUGUUUUUACAGAAACAUCAAAAUGUAGGCCAACCUUAAGAGCAGUACAACUUUGAGGUUGUAGUGCUUUACAAUUUAUAAAUAACUUGAGAACAAAAAAUCUGCAUUUUCCAGUUGAUGUAAAAAAAUAUCUGCAUUUGUUUCAGUCAACAGGGGAUCAGUGGUGAUGUACAAUAGGUAGGACAGUAAUUCCAAUGUGAGAUUAGAAACCUACACGUUACUAAUCCAGAGUGUACAUUUUCGGACAAAACAAUACGGUUUUGUUGAGAGAUAUUUAAAAUACUUAAAAAUAUUUAAAAAUGAGGUAAACAUACUGAAAUUAGAAAGGCAUAUUUCAGCAACGGAAUAAAAUGCCAGGCUGAAAGUUUCUAAGAUAUGGGGGACUGUUUGGACAAAAAGACCAAAACAUCUUAAUUUCCAUAAACCAGUAGCCUUCUUUUUCUACUAUCUGUUAUUGGUGGAAAUCAGCUUUCUAUAUACCUUACUGUACGGGAGUUUCUAAGACCACUUCCAAUUUUGUUAAUGUCAUUGUGAUUUUUGUUGUGAUUCCCAAUUUGGCAUUGGGGGUUUUGAUAUGCCGUUGUGGUUUGUGAUAUGCUGCCUUGGCUCUGAGUUGCUGUAGAACUUUAUACGUGUUUAAACAGUUUAAUCACCACACAAUAUAUUACAAGUAAAUAUUAGCCUGGCCGUGUGUUUCAAUUUGAAUGUUUACACCUCAUUUGUACGGUAAAGAUGCUCAUAAAAUACCAGUAUUUGAAAUAGAAAUGGUUGUAUCUGGUUUUGUUGAUUCUAAAUAGAAUAUACCAUUAUAAGCAUAA